AUGGGGCUUCCUAAAGCUCGUGCCUCUGCUGUGCUUUUGGUGCUGUCUGCUCUGGAGGCCUGUGCCCUGGACAGCUACAUCACAGCCAUCUACAAGCACAGUGUGGUCUUGUCAGAGGACACUGAAGUGCUGGUUUCUCCUGAAGAGGCCUUGAUGUUGAUGGACAAAAAUACGGCAGUUUUAGAAGUGGCCAUCAAAGAAGCAGACAGACAGCAGGGUAGCCUUAUCAUUGUGACUCCAGAAGAUGGCAUUUAUAGCUGGGUCUUCACAAGGGAAACAAUAUACCCUUAUCUUGAGGGUAUCCCAGACCCACAGGUGGACUGGAUUCCAUGCGCUUAUCCUGGAAGGUUUGCUCCCUCACCCAUGCUGGAAAGCAGCUGUCUGGCAAGGAAUAACUCCAUCUAUGUGGUUGCAAAUAGGGGAGACAAGAAGCCGUGUAAUUCCAGUGAUCCAAGGUGCCCAAGUGAUGGUCACUAUCAGUACAACUUUGACUCAGAAGGGAAACUGGUGGCUCGUUAUCACAAGAUAAGAGGAUUUCACAGUUACAACCUUUUUGUGACAAAGAAAUGGUUUAAUUGCCCCAAGGAUCCAGAAUUUGUGACUUUCAAUACAUCCUUUGGCUACUUUGGCAUUUUCACUUACUAUCAUGACCCAGCUGUGGUCUUGGCAAGCAGAUUUCAGGUUGACACCAUUCUGUUCCCAACCGCUUGGGGUAAUACUCUUCCAGCUGUCAAAGUCCAGUUUCACUCAGCAUGGGCCAUGAGAAUGGGCAUCAACUUUCUUUCAGCAAAUACACACAACUCCACUUUAGGUAUGACAGGUAAUGGAAUAUUUAUUUAUGCCCCAGAUGGUCCAAGAGCGUAUUAUUACAAUACAGAAACAGAAAAUGGUCACCUUUUGGUAACAGAACUGAGUUCACACCUAUGUCUCUCUCCGGACUAUCCAGCUGCUGUUAACUGGAAAUUGUACGCCAACAGGAUCAUACAUCUUCCAUCAAACAACCACUAUUUCAGUGGGGUUGUUUACCAUGAUCUCUUCUUCUUCACGGAGCUCACUGAACCCGAGGGAAAUUGUGCCAUUUGUCAGGAGGACCUCUGUUGCCAUCUGAGUUACAUGAGGGCGGAGAAGCAGAAAGAUAACAUUUAUGUUUUGGGUGCCUCUGGCCUACAUGUUGUUGAAGGAGUGUAUUAUUUUCAGAUAUACACACUGCUCCAGUGCAAGAGCACAGACCUGAACAUGUGUGGGCAGCCGGCGGAGAUGGCUCAGACCAAGUUUGAGAUGUUCGCCCUCAGCAGCAUGUUUGGCACCAACUAUGUCUUUGCAGAAGUCUUGUACAGCGGGGUGCAGCUGGCCGCCGGGGAGUUUGAGGUAAUGGGACACCCUUUGCUAACUGAUGGCAGUCUGGUAUGUCGGACUAGCACAUCAAAAACAGUUUUGAGUGUAUCUCUCUUUGGGAGGUGGUAUGAAAAGGACCCUCCACCCACAAAGCAAGCUUCACCAUGA